AUGACUUCGAUUUUCUGUGCUAUUUGCUUUAUAAAAAACGUUUCCUUCUCAAGUUCAGGAAAAUGUUAUAUUGGGUCUGUGGUCUACCGAACAGCAACUAAGGAAUUUGCUGAAUAUAAGUUUAAAGCCUUUUAUAUAGAAGAAUCAUCACUUAUUGAAGAAUUGACUAAAAAAACUAUCACUAUGAUAAUUGGUUGUUUUGCAUUCGAAGAUGAGUUAAAUGUUAUGAUUUCUCAAAGUGUAACUCUGCAAAUUCAAAUGUUACAAAAUGAACCUAUCAUUUAUAAUCUGCCAAUUGCACCUGCUUUUGGAAUUUUUUCUGCACCUGUUCAAGACCCUUCUGAACCACAUGGAGACAAUGCCAUUUUUCAUUUAAAAAAAGGAGUCUAUAAUAGUAUGAAUGGAAAAACUACUAAUUUGUUAGUUAUAUGUAAGUAUAACCCAAAGGGUCGCCAUUCAAAUGUAGCUGAAGCUACACAUCGUCAAACCAUUUUUUCUGUUGCUG